AUGGCUUCUGCCCCAAACCAAGACAUCUCGAUCCCGCCAGACCACCGCACAACUGCCGGCCUGCUGGCAGAAUAUUACACCCUAGCGGCAAUCGCACUGGCACUAGUCCUCCUACGAGGCUGGAUCGCCCUCCUAGAAGGUCUAAUCACAAUCCAACUCGAAGCCAACCUCGGCCUUGGCCGCCAUGUCAUCUACCUCCCGAACCCAGAACACACCGUGCUCCAAAUCCUCAAGGUCAACACGAUAUACCAAAUGAUCAACGUGAUCUGCUCCCUGGUAACCAAGUACUCAAUCAGCCUCUACAUCCUGCGAAUCCAAAACAGCCGCGCCGUGCGCUGGAUCCUCGCCUGGCUCAUGCUGUUCAUGACGCUGGCUACUAUCUCCGCAGUCGUCAUCCUCGCCGUCUCCUGCGUCCCACUGGAGAGACUGUGGAACAAGGACGUCCCCGGUAUCUGUCUGCCCCAGACAUCUGUCUACAGCGUAUUGUAUAUCCACUCCGGGUUCACGAUCGUGGUUAAUCUUUGCUUGACCUCGGCGCCGGUUGUUAUCCUCUGGGAUGUGAGGAUUAGCCGGGGUCACAAGACGCUGAUUUAUGGGCUGAUGAGUCUGGGUCUUGUUGCUACUGUUUCGAAUGCUUUGAGGAACUGUUACCAGAGUGGGUCGAUGGCGCUGGAUAUGCCAUACGCCAUAACAAACGUAACCAUCGUCUCCAUCCUCGAAGUCGGAACCGGCGUUAUUGCCGCUUGUAUCCCAGCCUGCGCUCCGGCUUUCGGGUGUAGACAGAAAGCCAAGCCAGUGACGAAGAGUUAUCGUGACAAGAAGAUUACCGUUAUCAGGGGGAAUGAUUGGGGCGAAUGUUAUGGUAAUUGGUCGUGGGCCAAUACUUCGUCUGGUGAUGUUGCAUUGUGUGGAGUUAAGUCGCCGGCUGGGAUUGUUACGAAUGUGACGGCGUUUUAG